CACAAUCUGCAGCUGGCUGACAAAUAGUCAAGUAAAGUUUGACAAGACAAGAAACAAGAAUCAAAAGUGUUUAUAAUUUACAAAAAAUAAAUCUGUAAUCGUUUGUGUAUAACAGACUUGUUCUAGGCAUCACCAAUCAUUGUUUCUAAAAUUCUCCGAGUGUAUCAUAAAUUAAUAGUUCAUUUUACCGUACGAAAAAUUACCAUCAUGUCUCAAGCUCGUCUUCCGCCUUGUAUUCCCUUGCCUUUGGAGCACAAAUUGUUAGUAACCGUGAUAGAGAAAGCGAAAGAUUGGGCCCUAAUGCAUGGAGUUGGAAUGCGAGAUAAAAAACAUUUUACCAAGGAUUCUAUACAGAUUGCUCCUUUUGUACUACUGCCAUCUCCCUUUCCGAGUACCGAGUUUAACAAAGCCGUGGAACUCCAACCAGUCCUCAAUGAACUUAUGCAUAAGGUUGCUCAUGAUGUGGAAUUCUUAGAACAUACAUUACAAAAUGCAUUGCAAGUUGAUGAAUUCACAGCAAAUCUUUAUGAUAUAUGGAUCAAAGUUCGUGAAGAAGGAAUAACUCAGCCUAUAACACUUGGCAUGCUGCGCUCGGACAUAAUGCUGGAGUCAAGGUGUCCGCACACAGUCAACCAGUGUGCGAAGCACACACCAUAUUGUUCUUGGAAGCAGGUGGAAAUCAACAGUAUAGCGUCGGGCUUUGGUCACCUUGGACCGAUAUCGAGAGACAUACAGAGCUACAUACUUCGUCAAUUGGGACACGGUGAUCUAAUUAAAAAAAUGCCAGAGAACGGAGCUCUGUCGGGUCUUUGCAGUGGUAUUAUUGAAGCAUACGAUCUAUUCGGUGUCGCAAAUGCCAUCGUAAUAUUUGUGGUAGAGGAGGUGUCAUACAACAUAUGCGACCAGAGAUUCCAUGAGUUUGAGAUUUCAGAGAAGAGGCCCGAUAUCAUGAUACAUAGAAAGACUUUGAACGAAUUGUAUGAGGAAACAACAGUAAAUGAUAAAAAACAACUUAUAUUGGAAGGGCGGCCAGUGGCUGUGGUGUACUACAGGUCGGGCUACGAGCCCUCGCAGUAUCCCUCCUCCCGGGAGUGGGACGCUCGCCUUCGUGUCGAGAGAUCCUCAGCAAUUAAAUGUCCAUCCAUACAAUAUCAAUUGGCGGGUACUAAAAAGGUUCAGCAAACGCUGGCAUCGCCCGGAGUAUUGGAGAAGUUCAUGGGUACAGGAGCAACCACCAACAGUGUUAGAGAUAUAUUCACUGGACUCUAUUCGUUAGACUUCGAUGAGAGUGGAGAACGAGCAGUUGAUAUGGCGCUCGCUGAUGCUGAGAGGUUCGUAUUGAAGCCGCAACGUGAGGGAGGUGGUAACAAUUUGUACGGUCCUGAUGUACGCGAGGCGUUACUGCGCAUGCGUCACAGUCGCGAGCGCGCUGCUUACAUACUCAUGGAGAGGAUAUUACCACCACUGGUGUCAGGGUACGUGGUACGUCCUGGUGCGCCUGUACCUCCUCCACUCUGCGACCUUGUCUCUGAACUAGGGAUAUUUGGAGUCAUUAUUGGAACCAAAGAAAAGAUUUUCAGUAACCGUCAAGUUGGUCACAUGUUGCGGACGAAGCUCGCGGACGCCAACGAGGGCGGAGUCGCCGCCGGGCUCGGAGCACUCGACUCCCCCUUCUUGUUGGACUCCUAACAAACUAUAAUGUACGUUUAACUUUAAAUACCGACUUUUA